GAGGGCAUGGCCUUGCGGUGGAGAACCGUGUCCCCCCCUUUCCAAGGCCACGGGCUUCUUCAUCUUCCCAGCUUCCGCUUGCUGAGAGAAAGGGGUGCUGCUACUACGCUGGAGACAAAGAGAGUGAGCGAGUGUGAGAGAGAGAGAGAGCCAUUGCAUCCACACACACUGUCAAUCAAUCAUUGGGGAGAGCGAUGGAGAGGAGGACCUCGGUGAGCGUGGUAGUAGAAGCAGCGCAAACAGUGAGGUCAGCGGGCAUCGGGAUUCGCGGGAAGUAGACGAAGAAGACGAAGAAGACGAAGGAAGACUGCAUCAUCCUCAUCGUGGAAUCAUCGGAAUAAUGUGGAUUUCUGGGUCUAGAUGUUUGUGGGAGGAUUGGUAGGGGUUGGUGGAGUUUGAUGGGCGUGGAGGUUGGAUUUUGAAGAUUCAGCGGGUUCUGUGGGUGUUGACGGUAUUGAUGUGAAGCGCUUCAGCUUUUGUUUUUUUUUUUGUUGGUAAUUCCAACUAUGGCAUUCACACCCCGGAGGAGGAAUCAAGUGUUUGCUCAAGGUUCAGAAGAUGUCACAAGUUGGCAGCGUGCCUCAGAAUGUUCUAUAAUGAUUUGGACGCUCUUAUUGUGCAGCGGGUUUCCAAGGAGGCGAGUUGAGACCAUCAAGUCUUUAGCGCCCCAUGUUCUGGGCGUUUUUGUUGGAAUAAUCGUCGGAAUUACUUUCAUGAAGUUUGCUAAUCCUCCAUCACUUAUCGAUUCAAGUGGAGCUUUCGAGAGAUACAAUGUUGAAGACUUUUGUCCCCCCCGUGCCCCUAAAGACUCAGAGGAUGCCGUAAAUUGCUCUUCUCUGCCUCCACGAGGUUCUGAACAUCUGCCACGCGGAAUAGUCGUCCCAUUGACGGAUCUCUACCCCCGUAGGUUGUGGGGAAAGCCCGAGGAGGAUCUUUUAAUAAAGCCGAAGUAUCUAUUGACCCUAACUGUAGGAAUUAAGCAAAAAGACUUUGUCAAUGAGUGUGUUCAGAAGUUUUCAAAAGAUUGGCAGAUAGUUCUGUUCCAUUAUGACGGGAAGGUAAGCGAAUGGGACGAAUUUGAGUGGGCGAAAUACGCCAUCCGUAUAAGCACUCCAAAACAAGCAAAAUGGUGGUAUGCCAAAAGAUUUCUGCACCCCGAUGUCGUUGAAGCGUACGAUUAUAUUUUCAUUUGGGACGAGGAUCUGGAUUUACAACAUUUUGAUGCUGAAAAGUAUAUGGAACUGGUUAAGAAGUACGGACUUGAAAUAUCACAACCAGGUUUAGAACCAGAUCGAGGCUUAACGUGGGAAAUGACUAAACGCCUUGGUAACAGCGAUGUUCACAAGAAUACUACGGAGAAAGCGGGGUGGUGCUCGGAUCCCCAAUUGCCUCCUUGUGCGGGAUUUGUGGAGAUUAUGGCACCUGUUUUCUCACGAUCAGCCUGGAGAUGUGUUUGGCAUAUGAUACAGAAUGACUUGAUCCAUGGGUGGGGACUGGACAUGGAGCUUAAGCGGUGUGCCCUGCCUGCACAUGAUAAAAUUGGAGUUGUAGAUGCUCAGUGGAUCCGACAUCGGGUUGUGCUAUCUCUAAAUAGCUCGGGUGCUGAGGAUCCUGCACUACCAAAAUGGACAUCAGUAACCUCGGUGCGAGAUCGCUGUCGUUAUGAGUGGGAAGAGUUUAAAAAGCGAUUGAAACUGGCUGACGAAGAGGAGAAAGCGCGCCUUAGCAGAGCUGGAGUAUGACAAACCUCCGUAUAACACUUCAAGGUGGUGUGAUCUUGAUUAAACAACCGCAGGGGUCUGAGUCAGUGGCCUUUCACAUGGGUUUCACUCCUGAAACAAUGAGUGUUGUUACGUUUGGAGUGUCAGUAGAUUGCUGGUUGUGAGCUAAAGAAUGACGAUGAUAUGUUUUUCCACCUUAAGUUGCUCCCUCUGUUUCACUCGUACAGUUUUAAGUUAAAAUGUUUUUCCAUGCAUUUGUUGUAUACCCGUUGCCAUGGAGAAUGGUGAGGAACGGGUUUUGCCUCGUGCACAUAUUUCAGGUCCUCAACAUGAAAAUACUGUCAUGUUCAAGGCAUAUGGCCUCCUUGGGUAUUUAUUUGACGUUUAAUUCGGAAAUGGUUAUCUAGAUUUAUGAAUUUUUGCCCUUA